AUGGGGGUUAUCUUCAGCUCGAGGGCCACUCGCAUUCACUUCCCUGACAAGCCAGCCUACGUCUCGGUGGCGGCGAAGGACGAGUGUACCGAAAGCCGGCUGUCCCUGCGAAACCUCCUCGAAACAAAGUGCCCGAGUUUAUUUGAACCGUUCGUGCCAUCCUGGUGGUUGUUCAAUGGUCAUCUGCAAACUAUAUACUGCGUGCUUGGAGACUUUACAAAGACCGACAAGGUUAUAUAUGAUAGAAAGUAUCUCCGUCUGCAAGAUGGCGGCACGUUAGGACUAGAUUUUGCGCCUUCUCAUGCUAGUGUUCGCGAAGAUGCACCUGUAAUAGUGGUGCUGCACGGUUUGACGGGCGGCUCCUAUGAAUCGUAUGUGAGAUGUAUCGUACACCCUGCCUGCACGCCGGAGGCAGAAGGUGGACUCGGUUACCGGGCGGUUGUAGUUAACUUCAGAGGAUGUGCUAACGUGCCAAUUACUAGCCAACAGUUAUAUUCAGCCGGACAUACAGAUGACAUCCGCCUAGCGUUGAUGUAUAUAAGCAAGCUUUAUCCGAAAGCUCCGUUAUUGGGUCUUGGCUUCUCGUUGGGAUCCAAUGUCAUGACUCGUUAUAUUGCUGAAGAGGGCGAAAAGAGCAGACUUGUUGCAGGGUGUGCCCUUGCUUGUCCAUGGGAUCUGGCAUGUAAUAAUAACGCAUUGAACAGUACUCUCAUAGGAAAGCACAUCUAUGCCAGAGGGAUGGGUUCGAAUCUGCUCAACCUCCUCAAGAAGCACAUACAACCUCUCUCAAAAGACCCCGAACAUCGUGUCGCGAAAGCACUUAUCACAGCACUCGAGCUUAAUAACCCUACUAUGGAGGAAUUCGACAACACAUUCACUCGGAUAGCGGGCGGAUCUCCUCCUACAUUCCCGUUUGAUUCGGCGACGGACUAUUACAACUGGGCAUCUAGUCAUAAAGUCCUAGGAGAUGUCAAGGUGCCGUUUCUGGCUGUGAACGCCGCCGACGAUCCUGUUGUUCAAGACGUCCCUAUGCAUGGCGGAGACUCGGGCUAUGUUGUUAUGGCACUCACUCCAAAAGGCGGGCACCUGGGCUGGUUCGAGAAGGAUCACGGCUUGGACGUUAAGCGAUGGGUCACUAAACCAGUUCUUCAGUGGCUCCGUCUGAUGGGAACUGAUGUUAUCCAUGGUGAUAUGCCUCGAGGGCGCCCUUUACAUGUGUCUGAAGACGGAUUCCUGAGGGAAGAAGGAAACGACAGCAUCGGCUGUCGUGAGAUCGACGGCGGUGGGGAAUUUGAGGGGAUGGAGAGCGAGGCAGGCUUAUUACAGGGUCUAUAG